CAAAAGUGAACCAAUCAGAUGUUGUUGUUUGGAUUCUUUGUCUUGAAGUUUCACAUGUGGAAGCUUCCAGAGUCUUUUCUGUUUGCUCUGCAGGCUGAGCAGAACUGACUGCUGCAGAAUCACAGGGACUUUCAGGAAAAUCUCCAAACAGGAGAAAAGUUUCCUGUGAUUGUGAGACUGGCAGAGGAUCAAAGCUGUAGUGAAGAGGACGGCGGUGUUUGUGGCAGUUGGAGCUGAAGAUCGGAGCAGGAACCAUGUCUUCCCUUCAGUCUCUGAGAGAGUUGAUCAGCGAGCGACUAGCUGCUGCUACUGAAGAAAUCUGCAGACUCUGUGAAGGAACCAUCGUCCAGUACGAGCAGGAGCUCUGUCGUCAGCGCAGACUGCUGGAUGUCCUCUGGAAACCACAGCUUCAGAUCCACCAAAUAGUCCUCCCUCAGCAUUAUGUGAGUGAAGAGGAUUUUUGCAACCAACAGAGGAAUUUGAGAAUGAAACAAGAGGAACCAGAUUCUCCACAAAUUAAAGAGGAACAUGAAGAACCAGAGCCUCAACACAUUAAAGAGGAACAAGAACCUACACUGAUUAUACAGAAACUAGAACCAGAAUCUCUAUUGAUAAAAGUGGAGCAAGAGGAACUCUACAUCAGUCAGUUUGAAGGGCAGCUUGAUCUGAAGCAGGAGACUGAUACCUUGAUGGAGAUUCCUAUUUAUGAGGAAGAUGAGAACAGUGAAGCAGAUCUUAACAAUCAGCAGAGCUUUAAUGUAACUGACAGUCGGGAUGAAGAAAGAAACCAACUUGAAGAAUCAACGUCAACUACAGAUGAAGAGACUGACCCACAGAACACAGAUCAGAGGAAGAGACGACACAGAAGUCAUGUCCAAAGUGUGGACACUUCUCACAUGUCAGAAAGUCUGUGCCACUCUGAUGUUAGAAUAAACUUCACAAACUCAACUUUGGUUAAGAAACGUAAACAAACACCAAGCGAAAAGAGACUUUCUUCUGUAACGUCUGUUGAAAGCUCAAGAAUUGUUAAUAAUGUAUUUGGCUCCACACAAAAAGACAGACAUCAUAUCUGUUCAGAAAGUGGUAAAAGUUUUGGUUUUAAGUUUAGAACAUACACGAGAACCCACUCAGGAGUGAAGCCACAUUCUUGUAAAGAAUGUGGUAAAAGUUUUACUUGUGUAUCCCAUCUCAAAACGCACAUUAGAACUCAUACAGGAGAGAAGCCUUUUUUGUGUAAAGAAUGUGAUAAAAGUUUUACUUGUGUAUCCCAUCUCAAAACGCACAUUAGAAUUCAUACAGGAGAGAAGCCUUUUUUGUGUAAGGAAUGUGAUAAAAGUUUUAGAAGUGUAUCUAAUCUCAAGAGACACAUGAGAACUCAUGGAGGAGAAAAGCCUUUUUCUUGUAAAGAAUGUGAUAAAAGUUUUAAAUGUUUAUCUAAUCUCAAAACGCACAUUAGAACUCAUACAGGAGAGAAGCCUUUUUUGUGUAAAGGGUGUGAUAAAAGUUUUAGUAGUUCAUAUCAUCUCAAAAGACACAUUAGAACUCAUACAGGAGAGAAGCCUUUUUUGUGUAAAGGGUGUGAUAAAAGUUUUAGAUGUUUAACUGAUCUCAAAAGACACAUUAGAACUCACACAGGAGAGAGGCCUUAUUCUUGUAAAGAAUGUGAUAAAAGUUUUAGUUGUUCAUCUCAUUUCAAAAGACACUUGAGAACUCACACAGGAAAGAAGCCUUUUUCUUGUAAAGAAUGUGAUAAAAGUUUUAGUUGUUCAUCUCAUCUCAAAAGACACUUGAGAACUCACACAGGAGAGAAGCCUUUUUUGUGUAAAGAAUGUGAUAAAAGUUUCAAGGAUUUAUAUAAUCUCAGAAGACACUUGAGAACUCAUACAGAAGGGAAACCUUGCUUGUAAAGAAUAUAAAACAAGUUUUAGUGAUUUAUCUAGUCUCAAAAGCCCUUUUUUGUGUGUGAUAUAAAUGCGAUAAAAGUUUUAGUGAUGUAUUUGACAUUUAAACGCAAGUUUUCAUAAAACACGUAUGAGAACUCACACAGAAGGGAAACUGACCUGAGGUCAGCUAUCAAAGCAGCCUGAUCUUUAAUUAAAUGUACACAGGCUGAUGGCCUCCAUACCACAUUGAUGCAGUUAUUCAGUACUGAUGAGACAGAAGUGAUUAUUGAAUGCAUUGAAGUGAACAGAUUUCUGAAAUCUGAUAUGAGUCCUGAAAAAAUUCUUCAGGGAUUGUGUAAUAAUUUUAAACAUCAUGAGUUUCACUUUUUAAGCUGUUUAACUUUAUCAAAUUCAUUCUUUUAGAUGUACUUUUAAAUAGAAAUGUGUUGUUUUGAAUUAUGAGGGUAUGUUUUGAUUUUGAUAAUGUUCAAUUUUUGUUGGUUGAUUUUUCUCAGUAGAUUUUUGUACUUUUAUGAUUUUGUAGUAUUCACUCUGACCAUGGUAUAAGCUAAACAAUGUUGUCUAAGUUUGUGUAUUACCAUGCCAACACUAUAAUUAUUUUUAAACAUAUCUUAAUCUAACACUUUAAAUGUGAUUUGUGAACAUACCAAAAUAGUUUUAAAAAUAAAAUAAUUGCAGUUUAUACUUUGUUGAGUCAUGUCAAUCACAGUUUAGUGAGAAAAAGGAUUUAGUAAAAAUGUAUGCAGGAAGAGGCGGAUAAAGAACCAGACUGGUAUUUGUGUCUGGUGUUCUUGUGAUUCAUGUUUUCUAGUAGACAUUAGAACUGUUCUUCUGUUCUGUUUGGUUCUCAGUGUUCUGUUCCAAUUUUUAAUGCGAAGAAUAAAGUGGACUUGAACAUCAGUC